AUGCCGUAUCCACCGUUAAGAACAUUUUUUAAAAUGGGCGAGAAAAUUUACAGUAAUUCCAACUAUGAGAAGGUGACUCCUGAAAUUAUCCAGAAAGUAAAAGUUGUCACUGUUGGGGACAUAUCAGUGGGCAAGUCAUCACUUGCAAUGCGAUUCACAAAAGGGAUAUUUGAGGACCAGUACAAACCUACAGUUGGAGCAGUCUUUGUAUUUCGGACAGUUAAUUAUGGCCGGCGACGUGUUUUAUUUCAAAUUUGGGACACAGCUGGGCAAGAGAGAUUUAAAAGUCUGGUACCCAUGUAUUUAAGGGAUGCUAAAUUUGUACUUUUGGUAUAUGACAUCACCGAUACGAAAAGUUUCGAAGCCGUUCCGUAUUGGUUGAAUUAUGUGACCAAAUAUGCUCCCCCAGAUAUCCAGAUUGCUCUUGUGGCAAACAAAAUAGAUUUGAACCACAUGCAAAGUGUUGAUUCUCAGGUUGCACAGCAAUUUGCCCAGGAAAAUGGUGCCAUUUUUGAAGAAGUGUCUGCAAAAAAAGGAACGAAUGUUGAAAAUCUCUUUACAAGAUUAGGUGUGUGUAUCCCACAUUUUAAAAUUUAA